AUGGGUAGUGACGCUCAGAAAGAUGACCAUGAGCUUGGAGAUUCAUUCAACAUUGAUGAGAAUCUGCCAGUGGAAAAUGGUCUGUUGAAGUCAAUGAACUUGUUGAGUCAGAAACGACAGCAGCAGCAAUGCACUCUAGUUUCAAACAGUGGCAAGUGGCUACAGAUUGUUAAAAACGGUCCUUCUCGCGCCACUAGUUUCUUCGAUAACAAGAUCCCAAGGCAUUUGGUGUCACUGGACGAGAAGUACCUCCGAAGAUGCCUCGACUUGAUCAACAUCAGUGCGUUUAAGUCAGCAAGUUGCAGCCUUUCUAUGAAUCUUGUUGGAUCAAAGAUGAGUUUUUCCUCGUAUCACUUUGAUUCACCUCUGAUGAUGAUCCCUAAAGAAAACGUUGCUCGUCUUGUCUUUGAUCUUCCGCUGGUGGAUGAAUCAGGGAGUCCAGUGAUUAGCCCUGUGAUUACAGGUUGCAAGAGGGUUACGUAUAUGCUUGAUAAGCCUUUGUUACACAAUCUUGAUGGUGAUGGUGUAAAAGGGUUGGCUUCUUGUGAUGAAGCUGGAAAGAUUCCCAAAAAGGCUGUCUCUUUAUCAAGCACAAACUCUAUGAGUUCGUCUUCUGAGCAAUCUUCUUCAUCUUGGUCUCCAUCUUCAAGUGUUUCUCAAGGAACACUUCAGUUCACUAUGAAAGACAACAAGACGCCUCAUUUUGUUUUCUCAUUAGAUGAUCAGAAAGAGACCUACGUGGCUAGCUUAAGCACUAGUAGUGUUGGCUCUGGUUUCGACCGUAGCUCUCUAGAGUAUUCGUAUCUGAUUCAUUUGAAGAAAGGCCGCGGCUUUGAGCCGCAGCAUUUGGUUGGUAAAGUGAAGGUAUCAACUUCGUUUUCUGUCUCGUCUGCGGAUGGAAAGACCGUAGAGAGACAGUUUGUUCUGUUCAGCGGCGGUGGGAAUCCGCAGUUACAGGGCCAGAAUGAGGUCAAGAAGAGCAGAGGAUUGCCUAAGAAAGUCGUUGAUGCGCUCAAGAGCACAGCACGGACUUCGAGGCAGAGAAGUAUCUCAAGAUUCAGUAGAACAAGCUCCGUUGCGGAUUUCUGUUCUUGGGAGCCGUUUCAAGAACCUGACCAUGAUCUUGAGCCUGUAAGCUUACUGGAUAACGAGCUUCCACCGAAUCUUGAAUCUUCAGCUGUUGUUGUGAGAGAAGAGUUUCCUGAGGAGGAGGAAGAAGAAGAAGAAAAAGUUGGAGGAUGGGGCAUGAAGUUUCUGAAGAAAGUGCCAUUGGCUCGACCCAAGGAUGCUUUGAAAAAGUCUAUGCAUUUGACGAGCGUGGAUGUUGUGAUCCCUUCAGGGAUCCAUGGAGGGCCGAGAAAGAGAAACGGUGGUCCUUCAAGCUUGGUUCAGAGAUGGAAAUCUGGAGGAAGCUGUGAUUGCUCUGGAUGGGACUUAGGCUGUCCCUUAACGGUCUUUAAAGGCCAAGCUAGGAAAGACCAAAAUGAAGGCCAAUGCAAUCUCUUUGAGCUCUUCACAGAGGGAUCGAAGCAGGGGAUUCCUGAAUUGAGGAUAAUGAGUGUACGAGACGGUCUUUACUUUGUCCAGUUUCAAGAAAAGAUAUCAGUUUUGCAAUCUUUUUCAAUCGCUUUGGCGUACAUUCAUAGCCAGAGCCAGAGACUUCGGCCAUGGUCAUCAUCAGGAAAGUGUAUAGAGAAGCUUAAGUAG